CUGGCAUCAUCUACAUUCGCCCUUUUCGUCAAUGGUUUAGUUUAAGUUUGACCCUGAGCAUCACAGUGGAUUAAGUAGAGAAAAAAUAAUCAACCACUUUGUGGCAGCGAAGCCGCUGCUAGAAUGCUCGAUCGAUCACCAGGCCAGUUCACCGCGGUGCCCACUCCUGCUGCAUUUGCAUUUGGCUUCCACCAAACACAGAGAAAACCAAAACCACGAUGUAGAAUGAGCCGACGACGACGGUGAGAUUGUUGAUAAUGCUAGGCAGGGUGAUCUUCUGCGCGGUGAUCGCCGCGGCCGUCCUCGCCGUCGUCCUGCUCGCCACGGUCUCCCCUGUCCCUCACCGAUCCCCCGACCACGACAAGUCAAAGUCAUCCCCUCCGGCGGCUCCGGGCACUACUGGCAGCACCCGUUCUAUCACGGUGUACAUCCAUCCAGCGGCGGCGUCAGCGUCAGGACCCGGGACGCAGCAGCAGCAGCGGGGCGCGCACGGAGAACAACAACGACAGCAGGCGGCGAGCCCGAGCGCGCUGGUGUUCCGCCACCGGAUGACGGCGGGGCCGGAUGCCGCGUCGAGAACCGUCGGCGCGGCCUCCGGGUUCGCGCUCCCGGCCGGCGGGCGUGGCCACUCUUCCGCGAAGACGACGAUGUCGGCGUUCGACACGGUGCAUCUGGCGUUCGACGGCGCGAUGUCCGGGAGCAUCUGCGUCGAGGCGGCUGCGGCCGGGAGCAGCGAAGGGGACAAGGGCAUGAUGCGGGUGGUGGGCGGCACGGGCGCGUUCGCGUUCGCGCAAGGGCAUGCCGUCCUGCGCGGCGGCGCGCGGGGGAAGCGGAGCCCCGCCGCGUCGGCGCCCUUGCGGCUUGAGCUGAGCGUCGCGUCCGCUGGGUAGGUGGGCAGGUACCAAGUGCUACCAACUGCUAACUGUAAACAGGUGUUGGUGUGGAGAGUGCAGACAGGGAAAUGAGGUACAUGGUUCGUCGGAGUUUUUUCUAAAAAAAAGAUGGUUCGUCGGAGUUGAAGGGGAGAAUUGAAGGGGCGAGUUCAUCAGUUGAGUUUCUUAAUGAAGCCUUGCGCGGGAUGAUUUUUGUAGAGCGAGAUCAUCGGUUCAAUUUCUUCAGAAUACGGGUCGUCAGGUCGUGUAUCUAUCUGUGUCUGUCACACAGCACGAACACAACAAGGUUUAAUUGGUACUGAGAUUGGAUUAUGUGAAAUGAGUUUGUUUUGAGUGGACCGCAAAAUGAUGUGAUCAUCCAUUCGACCA